UAAUCUUUUAGGUUAUGUGCAUAAUCUUUGCUUGGAAGCAAUCUUUUUUUCUUGUAUUUUGUAAGCUAUACAGCACAUUGACAAUAUUAAGCGUUGAUACAAUUAUUUUUCGUAUCUCGUUUCGAUUUAUACAUCAAAAUUCACUCUAAAUUAAAAAUGACUAGGUGUUCAUACAAAAACUGUAAAAGUGAUUCGAGGAAGAAUAAAAAUAUAAAGUUUCGUCCGUUUCCCAAAAUGAAAAGAAACCCUACUAAGUGUUUGAAAUGGAUAAAGCUUUGUGGAAACGAGAAACUAACAGUUGACACUAUAAAUAAAAAUUCAUAUGUGUGCAGCAAACAUUUCUGUGGAAAAUUUACUACUGACUCGAAUCCAUUACCAUUUUCCCAAGAUCAAUCUGAUACAAAUGAUAGUGAAAAUGGAGAUACAGAGCAAGUGACAGCCACUACGUCAGCCCCAGAAACAUAUCUCAGUCCUAGGAGAUCCAUUUUGGACACAGAGCAAGUGACAGCCACUAUGUCAGCCCCAGAAACAGAUCUUAGUCCUAGGAGAUCCAUUUUGGACAAAGCAACAACUUCCAUUACUAUUCACCAUGGGAUAUAGUUCCUGUAGAUUCGAGCCCCUGCCCUGGAGUCGGAAUCGUGUACUUGUAUUAACUCAAAGAAAGUUAUUUUAUAAACAGAGAAUUCUACUGAAAGUGCGUAUGUAACGGUAAAGAAUUCACGGCGCAUGAAUUCUCGAGUAAAUUUUGUAGAGAAUUUUUUAAAUUCUUAAGGAAGUAAUUUUACAAACUAAGGAAGUGAUUUUAUAGACUCUAAGAUAGUG